AUGUCAAACUUAGAUUUGAUCAUAGCAAAUACUCAUUUAUCCAUUCUCUAUCUAUUUCCUGUUGCCAUCUUUGGCCUCUUUCUCAAUCUUUAUCGCAAAGCUAUCCUCGGAAGAUCAAAUCAUCAAAAGUCACAAGCUGGUGAUGCAUAUGCGGCUGUGGAAAAGACCACUAUUUACGAGCCUCAUGCUGCCCAAAACUCACUUCGAGAUCUAAUUGAGAUCGAUGGAGCUGGAACAUGGCCUCCUACAACUGUAUAUGGUGAUGCUUGGCCAGAAGUCCUUCGACCAUUCCACGACAUCUAUCAAGCUAUGGCACCUGCUCUAUCAAUUGCAGAACUUAGUGGCGAUGAUGUCAAGAACUUUCAACGAUGCUUGGACUUCCGUGUACAGAUGAGAACACUUUACAAUGAUCAAGUCAACAUGGAAGAAGUAAAGGCCCUCUUAGAUGCAGCAGAAAAUGAUGAGAGCGUUCUAUCACGGGCAGCUUGGAAUGGUCUCUUCGCUUGUAUUGCCUUGUCCAGACACUCUUUCCGAUGGGGAACAAUCCCCAUAGUCAAACUUGCUCAGGAAGAAAAAGUCGUCGAUUUCCCUGCCUGUCUCGACCUCGCAUGGCCAUACCUUAAGAGACGAUACGGUGUCACAUCUCAAGGUGGUAAUGUCGCAAGUAACUACCUCUGCAACUUUGAUGAUAAAGAUCAAAUUGUCUACCCGAUCAAUCCCACAAUGGACGAUCUCAUUCAAUCUGCCGAAUAUCACUUUGGUCAUGUCUUCCCUCACAUUGAAAGAGAAGCUCUCCCAAUCUACCAUAUGGUAACUAGAGCUAUUCAACAAUAUUCUAAUGGCGACCGCGUUGGCACCCUACAAUCGCUCAAAGGAAUCAACAAGGAAUUGCGCACACCCCUCAAGACCUAUUACGAAACCAUGCAUGAAUCCAAGAUUUCGCGAAAAGUUUGGAUGCAUUAUGCACAAGGAUUUCAAGGCUGGGCUGCAGGUGAUAUCGACCCUGUCACCGGAGAAUAUACUGAAUACGACGGUCUGUCAGGUAACCAACUGUUAUUACCGCAGAUCAUGGAUGCUUUCUUAGGACUUGAGAGAUACUUAAACGAGGAAAAUACGCAACGCUACAUGCCAAACUUACAACGCAAAUUCCGUGAAACAAUCGCUGAGCAUAGCUUCCGUAAUGAGGCUAAGACAAAAGGAAAUGACGAGAUCGAGGAACAAAUGAACAACAUUGUCAAGCAAAUGAGAGUUUUCAGAACAGCGCACAGAGUUAGGGUCAAGCCAUACUUGAGUGUACCCGCUCCAGAGCGUAUGAUCAUGACAGCUGGAAAGUCUGUGCUGGAGAAGGGUGAUGUUCAUGAUUACGAGUCUGCUAUUGCACCUCUGGAUAAGAUGUUGAAGGAUAGACUAUUGGCCACAAAAUAG